UAACAAGUUGUGAACUGGGCAGCUGUGACACGUGCAUCUUGUCACCUUGUCACCAAUUUCCUGCCCGGGAUCCCAGAGCCACCCAUGUUGGAGCCCACAGGGGCAGCCCUUCGCUGGUCCCUGCAAGCCCGUGGACACUGCUGGAGAUGUCCUCUUUUGGUUUCGGGACCCUGACCAUGGCCCUCUUUGCCCUGGUCUGCUGUUCAGGAUCUGAUGAGAAGGCAUUCGAGGUACAUAUGAGGCUAGAGAAGCUGAUAGUAAAGCCCAAGGAGUCCUUCGAGGUCAACUGCAGCACCACCUGUAACCAGCCUGAAGUGGGUGGUCUGGAGACUUCUCUAAAUAAGAUUCUGCUGCUCGAACAGACUCAGUGGAAGCAUUACUUGAUCUCAAACAUCUCCCAUGACACGGUCCUCUGGUGCCACUUCACCUGCUCUGGGAAGCAGAAGUCAAUGAGUUCCAACGUCAGCGUGUACCAGCCUCCAAGGCAGGUCUUCCUCACACUGCAGCCCACUUGGGUGGCCGUGGGCAAGUCCUUCACCAUCGAGUGCAGGGUGCCCGCCGUGGAGCCCCUGGACAGCCUCACCCUCAGCCUGCUCCGUGGCAGUGAGACUCUGCACAGUCAGACCUUCGGGAAGGCAGCCCCUGCCCUCCCUGUCCUCAGGGAGCUUGGCAUGAAGUUCAUUCAGCUCUGCCCAAGAAGGGGUUUGGCUGGGACCAUGCCACCCUCCAGGCCAUGGUGUCCAGCAGCUACACACUGGUCCCAGGGCUGCACUUCCACUUCCUUUUGGUCCCUGGUAACUGGGAUCACAGGAUGUCUAAGACCCUUGCCCCCUCCCUGCCCAGAGCCCGUGCCGGACAGCCAGAUGGUCAUCAUCGUCACAGUGGUGUCAGUGUUGCUGUUCCUGUUCGUGACAUCUGUCCUGCUCUGCUUCAUCUUCAGCCAGCACUGGCGCCAGCGGCGGAUGGGCACCUACGGGGUGCGAGCAGCUUGGAGGAGGCUACCCCAGGCCUUCCGGCCAUAGCACGCAUAAGUGGCAUGGCCGCCGCCAUGGUGGUCACUGGAACUCAGUGUGACUCCUCAGGAUUGAGGUCCAGCGCUGGCCGAAGGACUGUGACAGGCAGCAGGGACUCGGGACAUUGCCUUUUCUAGCCCGAAUACAAACACCUGGACUUAG